AAAACCCACUUCCCAUAUUGUUUCUUCCUACCAACCUUUCUUAUAAUUAGGUCUGCUCAUUCCCAUUCAAUAUCACCACUUUGUACCAUCUACGGAAACAUCCUCUCUCUAUAUCUGUCCUAAUUAAUUCUCAGGUGUUGAAACCCAUGAAUCUUCUUCUCUUUCCUUUCCUUUAGUAUCUCUCGAUCUAGUAAAAACUCAACAAACCUAGUACCCGCCAUUAAUUUACUUAAAGCUAUGAGGACAGCUGCUAGCUACUCUGUUCAUCAGGGUCUCACAUCUGAUGCAGCAGCCAUAGUCAAAUCUGCAAUCACCUUGGCCAGGCGGCGAGGCCAUGCCCAAGUCACACCACUUCAUGUGGCUACCGCCAUGAUGGGGGCGGCCAAUGGUCUACUCCGGGCAGCCUGUUUACGGGCACACUCUCAUCCCCUCCAGUGUAAAGCCUUGGAGCUUUGCUUCAAUGUGUCUCUCAAUAGGCUUCCCACAUCAGCUUCCAACCCGUUAGUAAUUCUAGGCCCGUCUAACCACAACCACAACCAUCAUCAUCAUAAUCAUCAUCCUUCUUUUUCCAAUGCUCUUGUGGCCGCGUUUAAACGGGCUCAGGCUCAUCAGCGGCGUGGUUCGGUAGAGAACCAACAACAACCCAUCUUGGCUUUAAAGAUAGAGCUUGAACAGCUUGUUAUUUCAAUCUUGGAUGAUCCUAGUGUUAGUAGGGUCAUGAGGGAAGCCGGUUUCUCUAGUCCCCAAGUCAAAAAGAAUGUCGAACAAGCUGUCUCUUUAGAAAUCACAUCCUCUUCUUCCCAUAUUAACCAUUCUCUUGUCAUCAAAACAGAACCUAAGGAAACAAUUAAACCUCUUUUCCAAUUUACACUAAACAAAUCAAACGACCUCCAAGCUUCCGAAGACGACGUGAACUCUAUUCUCGACUCCCUAACAUUAACCGGCACCACAAAACUUAGAAACACUGUCAUUGUGGCAGAGAACUUGACGAACGCAGAGUGCUUAAUGCGUGGGGUUAUGGGUAAACUAGACAGGGGAGAUGUAAGAUUUGUUAGUGUUCCUUUAUGGUCAUUUAGAAAUAUGGCCAUUGAAGAUGUCCAACAUAGGAUUGGGGAGCUAAGGUGUUUGGUUAAUGGGUAUGAGUCAAAGUGGGUUGUUUUAUAUCUGGGUGAUCUCAAAUGGGUAUCACAAUUUUGGUCAAAUUAUGGUGAGGAAAGACGGAAUCACUAUUCUCCAGUUGAACUCAUGAUUAUGGAGCUAAGCAGACUGUUAUGCGGAGGAGUUGGAGAGAAGGGAAAGAAGCUUUGGUUAAUGGGUAUUGCAGAUUUCAACACUUUCACGAGAUGCAAAAUUGGUCAUCCUUCUUUAGAGACCCUUUGGCAACUUCAUCCUCUCACAGUUCCAGUUGGCAGUUUGGGACUAACUCUCAACCUUGAGAGUCAUGACUUAGCAGGAGUGGAGAAAAACCUCAAUUGUUGCUCAGAUUGCAGAGUGAAUUACAAAAGAGAAGCUUGGAACAUAGAGAUGGGUAAUGCAUGUCAGAGUUUCUCAAGCUUACCUUCAUGGCUUAAGAUUUAUAAAGAAGAUCAGAAUAAAAGAAAGGCCAUUAGUGAUCAGGAUUUUGAAAAAUUGAAAGAACUAUGCAAGAAAUGGAAUUCAAUCUGCAGAUCAGUCCACAAGAAACCACAUUUUCUUGAAUCAGCCCAAAUUCUCUCCUCUUCUUCACCAUCCUCAUCAAGCUCAGUCUCAGCCCAUGAUCAAAACAUGAUAAGGUUACAUCAAACGGCCAUCUCAACCUGGCCACUGAUUAAGCAGAAGCCAGAGCUUUUGUCAAAUCCCAAUUCAAGUCCAAACUCUGCUUCCUGCAGUGAGGCAAAUGAUGAGGAAGAUAACAGUUACGCCCAUUCAUUCAAGGACUUCAAUUCUGAAAACCUGAAAGCCUUAUCCAAGGGAUUGGAGAAGAAGGUUCCAUGGCAUAAGGACAUAAUUCCCGACAUCUCUAGCACAAUUCUCGAGUCUCGGUCUGGAAUGGUUAGAAGAAAGGCUAGUAAUACCUUAAAGGAAGAAACCUGGUUAUCCUUUCUAGGUGUUGAUCAGAAUGGAAAGGAGAUGAUUGGAAAAGAGGUAGCCAGGAUUGUUUUCGGCUCUUAUGACAACUAUGUUUCGAUUGGAGUAAGUGGAGGAUAUUCAGAUUGCAUGAAGAAUAAGAAGAGAAUGAGGGAGGACCAGCCCGGUUCGAGUUAUCUAGACAGAUUCGCGGAGGCGGUUAAAGAAAACCCGAGUAGAGUGUUUUUCAUGGAGGAUGUGGAGAAAGUGGAUUAUAGUUCUCAACUUGGUAUUAAAAAAGCUAUUGAAAAUGGGAAAGUAAGUGUCUCAGAUGAUGGGGAGUUUGUCCCACUUAAGGAUGCCAUUGUUAUAUUGAGCUGCGGCAGCUUCAGCUCAUUGUCUAGACCAUGCUCCCCUCAAAGAGGCGAAAAUGAUGGACUUUGUGGACCGUUAGAUUUGAACGUUGGGGCCACCGAAGAUGAUGAUCAUGAUCAUGAUAAUUCAGUUAACAGCAUUGGAUUCAUCAUGGAUAUCAUAGACAGACAGAUUAUCUUCAAGAUUCAAGUGUUGUGAAAUAAUUUGCAUGUCAUGGGAUCUUCUUUUUUUUGUUUGGUUUGUUUGAUGUUCCUUUUUUUUUUUUGUUGGUUUCAUAUAAUUGUGGGGGAGGGGGGGAAACUUGUGGUAUAUGAUAGAAAGUGAUGAUGACUUCCUCUUAGUUUAAUUAAUUAGUAGAACAUGUAAAUUUAACUAUCAUAUAUUUUAUGUUUCUAACU